CGGGCUCUAUCAUGCUGGUGCAGUCUGUUUACUUUUUUGAAUGCAUUGAGUGUAUCUGAACGUCACGAUACACGACUGUUUGACAGAUUUAUCUUCCCUGUAAUGCAUUUUAUUUUCCCUCCCGAACUAUCCAUCUCGUUAUACCUCCGGCUGUGUGUAACGGAUUAGAAAACCAGCUGAGCUGACGAUGUAAAGCUGGUCUGCUUUCCAUGGAGACGGACACUGACCAUCAUGAGAUGUUUGUGGAUCUGGAUUUUCCAGCAGAUGAUCUGUCACUCUUUUGUGAUUACACCACGCCGCUCUCCAAGUUGUUGGAUGAUGUCACAUGGCUCCGCCCACAAGAGAUCUGCCAGCAGCCUCAGCUCUUUCCUGAUGACCCUGUGGAGGCUCACCCAAAGCAAGGCAUUCUGGGAGACUGCUGGCUGCUCUGUGCCUGCUCCAUGUUACUCAAGAAACAGCAUCUUCUAGAAAAGGUAUUUCCACCAAAACAGCCUUUAUGGGGUGACUCUGCUUACUGCGGUGAAUUCCUCUUCCGUUUCUGGCAGAAUGGACACUGGAUUGAGGUGCGAGUGGAUGACCGGCUGCCCUGUAUCAAUGAUAAUCUCUGCUUCUCACGAUGCCAGAGCCCAAGGGCAUUCUGGGUAGCACUUUUGGAGAAAGCAUAUGCCAAGCUACAUGGUUCAUAUGAGCGUUUGUGGGCUGGACAAGUAUGUGAGGCGAUGGUGGACCUAAGUGGAACUGUAGCUGUACGAUGGAGUCUAAAAGAUCCAGAGUCCCCACAACAGCCAAACGACAGCCAGAUUCAGCAUGCUCUGCAUGGGCUGAGAGUGUCUGAUCUCUCCCUGGAGCUGAAGGAGAGAUGUGCCAUCAGCUGCUGUGUGCACAGCGCAACCACAGGUUUCCCUGAGCUUGGCCAGUUUCACGCCAUGAGUGUGAUGGAGUGGACGAGUGUGACCACCAUUACAGGUGAAGGAGUGCAGCUGAUCAGGAUACUCAACCCCUGGGGGAGGAAAAGCUGGGCUGGGGUCUGGAGGGAGAGUGGAUCAGGCUGGGCUUCUCUGGAGGCGUCCUGUGCUAAGUCUCUGCUGUCCCGUACUGCAAAGGGCGAAUUCUGGAUGGAUGAGGCUGAAUUCCUGCAGGAGUUUGAUGAGGUCACAGUGGGCUGUCCUGUCAAUGAUGCAGGACACCUCCAAAGCAUCUACACAGGAAACUUUCUAACCCAUAGUCAGCAGAUUGGAGGCCGCUGGGUCAAAGGUCACUCAGCAGGUGGAUGCCGAAACAACAGCACUUUCAGCAGCAACCCGAAGUUCUGGCUGAAAGUGUGUGAGAAAGGAGAAGUGUUACUGUCGCUGCUGCAGUGCAGAAGAGCUGAAUCACCAGCAGAGGGUGGCACUCAGCCGCACACACACCUUCAGGCCAUCGCACUGCAUGUGUGGAAGGUGGAGAAGAAGCACUUUAACCUCAUGCAGACACUCAACAAGCCACCGUUUGUGUCACACGCACAUGCAUAUGAUAGGGAAGUGGUGGUACACACACACCUGAAUCCUGGCUUUUACCUGCUGGUGCCCAGUACUUUCCUGCAGGGAGCAGAGGGACCAUUUCUACUAAGAGUUCAUUCAUCCUGCUCCACCUCUCUCAGUGUGAUGAAGUCAUCUCCUCCUCUUCAGCUCAGAUCAGAGGGCGAGUGGGAAAGUAUCAGCUCUCACGGCUGCUGGUCUAUCGGUUCAACUGCCGGAGGAAGUCGCAAUUUCACCACACAUGGACUGAACCCGCGUGUUCCCCUUAGUGUGACCUAUGACCCUGGAGGUAACAAUGUAAGGGUGACCCUGCACCAAAACAGGCCUGAAAAUUCCCUCCAUCCCAUUGGCUUUCAUAUUUAUAAGGUACCUGACGGUGGUUCUGGUUCUCUGUUAAGCCCUGGUGUCAUGUCUCCAGUGGUCAGUUGUGUGCCUCAUGCUUACUCCCAGGAGGUCAGUGUGUUUUGUCAUCUUCUGCCAGGCGAAUACGUCGUAAUUCCCUCUACCUACCAGCCAGACCUCAGCUCUGACUUCAUACUUACUUUUAUACGCAAGAUACAGCGAAAAGCAAUGCAGAGUCAAGAGCACCUGGGCCGUGCCGUUCAGGAGGUCUCCUGUAUCUCAGUGAUGAAAUGAUAGAAAGUGGAUCAGAUGGUGACAAGAGUCUCGUCCACUGAGCUGAUCUCUUAUGAAGCUGUCUGUGCACAUCGAUUACUACGAACAGCUAU